AGUUUAGAACUUGAAAAUUAAAAAAAUUAAAAAUACAAGAGUUUAAUAAUCUAAAUAUCAUUUGAAGGAUCUAGACAUUUCGAAAACAGGAAAGUUCAAGAAUCUGGCAAAUAAACAGUUUCAUUUACUUAACCGGAGUAUACUUAACCGGUAAAAAAAUGUCCAAGUACGCCGCGUCCAACGGAAUCGUUCGUUGCACUCGAGUUUGCCUACGACAUUAGCUUCGAGUUCUACUAUUUUGCCCACGCAGUGGAGAAUUAGUAGUUAGAAGUCGCCGACAAUGGUGACGAACGAUAAAAGUUCGGAUAGCAGCGUGUGCCGUACGUGCCAUGCGGCGUGACACCGAUGGCCGCAGAGUCACGUGGAACCGAUAUAGGUACAGCUUCUACGUGGAGAGGAGCCGCGUACGCACAAGCGCAAAACUGCAUAGAAACAGAGCAAUAUAAAACGAACAGGCGAAACGAGGAGAGAGAAAGAACGUCUUGCGCGGUGGGGACAGCAGAGGAUGACCUAGAGCGAGAAAGGGGAGAUUCGAACGAGACAGACUGCGUGGACAAUGCCAGGAGAACAGCGGGAAGAAUCGAGGGGAACAACUGCCCAGAUGAAAUGCACCAGACAGAAAAUAUUAGAUGGAACUGUGAUGGACAAGAUCAACUACCCGCCGAAGAGAUCACGAGGGCAACCGCGUGCAUGGUGCGUGCAACGAUGAAGAGAGGAAAAAAUAAUUUUCAGCCAGUGAACAGCGGAGACCGAAAAGAGAAAAAGAAGAUAAAAAGGAAAGGAGGAAAAGAAAUAUGAUACUCUGGUUUUGCACGUACGAUGGAAACGAUACGCGUAUGCCGUGCUCAUAUGGGAAAGGAACAAACAGAUCGUGCAGUAAGUAAAUAAAAAGAGAAACAUGCGCAGAUCGACCGAAAGCGUAUAGCGAGAAAGAGACAGAGUAUGUGAGUGGUUUGAAGAGAGAGGAGCGGAAGAGAGAAGUUACAGAAAGAAGAGAAAAAGACGGACAUAGAAAGAGUACACGAAGACUGCAGGGUCGCGAGGGAAAGGCCAAAAAACUGGUGGUAAGGUUGCAGUCGAAUCACGAAAAAGGGAAAAAAGGUGUAGGCGACCUUCGCAGGGACGCGUAUGCAUGUGAAUCUUUCUGGUAGCAAAUUAAUUUUAUCGGUUCAUUUUUUACUUAUUUUAAAUGGGAAGAAGAAUAUAGUAGUGAAAUCGCUAUAUGGACGUGAUUGUGGGAAAAG